CAGAAAACCUUGCGUACGAAAACGUCAACAUGGCUGUAUAGUAUAGUAUAGUGAAGUGCUUAGGUUUUAUUGUUAAGUGCUAGAAACAUUGAAUGUUAGACAUUGAAAAAAAAUUAUGUUUCUUUAAUUUUAUAAGGAAUAUUCGAGUAAGUUGACCGAUGAAAAUCAGUUACUUUGGUUGUUGUUUUCUUCAAGAGAAGCCAUGAAGCUACGAGUGCACCUGCGCUGUAAGAAUCUCCAUGAAUUUCUUAAAGAGCUUAGCCAGCAUGUGUUAGAUCGCCUCUACAACCAUCCUGCGACUUGCUUGGCAGUGUUCAGGGAGCUCCCCCCACUGGCUAAAAACUAUGUGAUGCGAAUGUUGUUUCUUGAUCAACCUCUCCCACAAGCUGCAGUCUCAUUGUGGAUUAAAAAAGACAAUCACAAGGAGCAUGAGGACUGUACCUCUGUACUCAGUGGUCUCAGACUGUGGCACACUCAGCUGCUCCCUGGUGGUCUUCAAGGUUUAAUCCUUAACCCUGUCUUUAAAGAAAAUCUCCGCAUUGCAUUGCUAGGAGGUGGUAAAGCCUGGACAGAUGACACAACUCAGCUGGGGCCAGACAAACAUGCCAGAGACAUCGAGUCAUUAGACAAGUAUGCCAUGGAAAGGUGGGAGGUAAUUCUGCACUUCAUGGUGGGAUCUCCUAGUGCUGCUGUUAGCCAGGACUUGGCACAGCUGCUUAUCCAGGCUGGCCUCAUGAAGAGUGAGUCUGGAGAAGCUCCAUGCAUCACCUCUGCUGGUUUCCAGUUCCUUCUGUUAGACACUGCAUCUCAGUUAUGGUACUUCAUGCUGCAAUAUCUGAAGACAGCAGAGGCUCGAGGAAUGGAUCUUGUUGAAAUCUUGUCAUUUCUAUUCCAGCUCAGUUUUUCCACACUUGGUAGGGACUAUUCUGUGGAGGGGAUGAGUGACUCCUUACUUAACUUUCUGCAGCAUCUUCGUGAAUUUGGAUUGGUUUUUCAGCGCAAGAGAAAAUCUAGACGGUACUAUCCAACCCGUUUAGCCAUCAACCUAGCUUCAGGAGUGUCAGGCACUUCAGUUGACGCCCAUACACAAGGCUUUAUCGUUGUUGAUACUAAUUACCGGAUAUAUGGGUACACAGAAUCUGCAUUGCAAAUUGCAUUGGUGGCAUUGUUUUCUGAAAUGCUUUGUCAUUUCCCAAACUUCGUGGUGGCACAAGUUACCAGAGAAAGUGUCCAGCAGGCUAUAGCAAAUGGCAUCACUGCAGAACAGAUCAUUCAUUUUCUAAGAACAAGAGCUCAUCCAAUUAUGUUGAAACAGGUGCCUGUAUUGCCUCCUACACUAACUGACCAGAUCAGGUUAUGGGAGCUAGAAAGAGACAGAUUACAGUUUAAUGAAGGAGUCUUGUACAACCAGUUCUUAUCACAAGUGGAUUUUGAAGUACUACGGAAUCAUGCUAGAGACCUUGGUGUUCUUGUUUGGGAAAACCCUCAGAAGAGACUCAUGGUGGUCACUCCAGCUGGGCAUUCUGAUGUUAAGAAGUUUUGGAAAAGACAGAAGCAUACACCUUGAAGAUAUAAAUUAACUUCUUAAAUGUGUAUCUUUUCUUAGCCAAUAUGAGGUUAAUCAUUUAAGGUUUAUGAGAAUUAAUAAUGAAUGUUCCUGCUUCUAAAUGAUUCUGAAACCCAUUUAUUUCAGAUUUCACAAUAUACAUUUUGACAGAUUUUCAGUAGUAUAUGUUGUCAUUCCAAGUGGCAUUCUUAAGUAUUGUAUUGUCUUCUAAAAUAUUUUUUAUUCUACUUUAUUUAAAAUAAACUGAAAAAUUUAAAAAGUG